GGAAGUGGGUCGGCGCUGGAGCGAGCGCGCCGGGGAGCGGAGCGCGGCGGCCGGCAGCCAGCGGGGCAGCCCCGGGUUCCCGCUCACGAAACCCUCGGGCACGCCCCUCCAGCAGCCGAUCUCCAAGACAAUCUAUUUGUUUUUUGUUUUUUUUUUUAAAUAUAUAUAUUUUAUUGAUUUUUUACAGAGAGGAAGGGAGAGGGAUAGACAGUUAGAAACAUUGAUGAGAGAGAAACAUCGAUCAGCUGCCUCCUGCACACCCCCCACUGGGGAUGUGCCCGCAACCAAGGUCCAUGCCCUUGACUGGAAUCGAACCUGGGACCCUUCAGUCCGCAGGCCGACGCUCUAUCCACUGAGCCACACCGGCCAGGGCAAGACAAUCUAUUUGUAUUUUUAUUUUAUUUUUUUCCUUGAGACAUCCCUUCCGACGCUUAUGAAGUUUCUCGUUCCGGAACUGUCGCCCUGCAAUGAAGAAAAGGAGAAAGGUGACUUUCAGUCUUGACGAGAAAAUCCACCUGGGCUACCGGCACGAUUCCCCCGAAGGACAUGGACAGGUCGCUGCCGCCGCCGCCUCCGGGGCGUGUGACCCGCUGACCUACGCUCCCUGCGCCCCGAGAACCACCCCGAGACCGGCCCCGACCCCGGAGGCGCUCCGCCGCUGCCAGGACCUGCCCCCUGCUCCCCCCGAGCAGAGGAAGCUCCUGAGCUCCUGGCAGUACCACAGGAAUUUGCUCAGGUACCUCAAUGCCGACCGGCAGAAGCAGCCAUCCUUCUGCGACCUGCUCAUCGUGGUGGAAGGGAAGGAGUUCAGCGCCCACAAGGUGGUCGUGGCCGUGGGCAGCAGCUACUUCCACGCGUGCCUGAGCAAGAACCCCGGCACGGAUGUGGUCACCCUGGACCACGUCACGCACUCCGUCUUCCGGCACCUGCUCGAGUUCCUCUACACGUCCGAGUUCUUCGUGUCCAAGUACGAGAUCCCCCUUGUGCUGGAGGCCGCCAAGUUCCUGGACAUCAUCGACGCGGUCAAGUUGCUCAACGAUGAGAGCGGCGCCCCGUUCCAGUCCCAGCUCCUGGAGGAGUCCUCCCCGGAGGAGACGCUCAGCGAGUUAACUGGAAGGCUCUCCGAUAACCAUCAGUGCAAAUUCUGCAGUCGGCAUUUUUGCUACAAGAAGUCCCUGGAGAAUCACCUGGCCAAGACGCACAGGUCCCCUUUCCUGGGGAAGAAACAUGGGUUAAAAAUGCUGGAGAGAGGCUUUUCCGCCAGGAGGAGGUCCAAGAGGAACCGCAAGUUCCCUGUGAAGUUUGACGACACCAGCGAUGACGAGCAGGAGAGUGGCGAUGGGUCGGACCAUUUGAUGCAGGACAGUUUCGAUAAGGAGAAGUCCGAUAGAAAUGAUUCCGAGGACCCGGGAAGCGAAUGCAACGCCGAAGAAAAUGUGCUAGAGGAGGAGAUGUCCAAUGAGUUCUUUGACCUUGAAGAGCAGAGUGACAAGGAGCAGUAUGAUGCCGGGGAGGAGGAGGAAGAGGAGGAGGAGGAAGAGGAGGAGGAGGAGGAGGAGCCUGAGACGGGCGAUUCUGUAGGAAGUAUUCACGUGGGGUUGUCUCCCGUGAUCAUUCAGAUAAAUAACAAAAAAAUCCUGCAGUGUCCUAUAUGUGAUAAAACCUUUGACCGGAUAGGGAAAUAUGAGAGCCACACACGUGUUCACACGGGUGAGAAGCCCUUUGAGUGUGACAUCUGUCACCAGCGCUACUCGACCAAGUCCAACCUGACCGUCCACCGAAGGAAGCACAGCAGCGGGACGGACUUCCAUCCGAAGGAGCACAAGUGCCCUUAUUGCAACAAGCUGCACGCCAGCAAGAAGACGCUAGCCAAGCACGUGAAGAGAUUUCACCCGGAAAAUGCACAAGAAUUUAUUUCCAUUAAGAAGACCAAGAGUGAAAGUUGGAAAUGUGAGAUUUGCAAGAAAUAUUUUACGCGGAAACCUCACCUGGAGGAACACAUGAUUCUGCACUCUCAAGACAAGCCUUUCAAGUGCACCUACUGCGAAGAGCAUUUCAAGUCACGGUUUGCCCGGUUAAAGCAUCAAGAAAAGUUCCAUCUGGGCCCUUUCCCGUGUGACAUCUGCGGCCGCCAGUUCAACGACACGGGCAAUUUGAAGCGCCACAUAGAGUGCACGCACGGCGGGAAGAGGAAGUGGACUUGCUUCAUCUGUGGGAAGUCCGUGCGGGAGAGAACCACGCUGAAGGAACACAUGAGGAUCCACAGUGGAGAAAAGCCCCAUCUUUGCAGCAUCUGUGGGCAGCGUUUCCGCCACGGCAGCUCCUACAGACUUCACCUACGAGUGCAUCACGACGAUAAGAGGUACGAGUGCGACGAGUGUGGGAAAACCUUCAUUCGCCACGACCACCUGACCAAGCACAAGAAGAUCCAUUCAGGUGAAAAGGCUCAUCAGUGUGAGGAAUGCGGGAAAUGUUUUGGCCGUCGGGACCACCUCACUGUCCAUUACAAGAGCGUGCACCUGGGAGAGAAAGUGUGGCAGAAAUAUAAAGCCACCUUUCAUCAGUGUGAUGUCUGUAAGAAAUUUUUUAAAGGCAAAUCAAGUCUCGAAAUGCAUUUUCGGACGCAUUCAGGUGAAAAGCCAUACAAGUGUCAGAUCUGCAAUCAGUCUUUCAGAAUUAAGAAAACCUUGACCAAGCACCUGGUCAUUCAUUCCGACGCCCGGCCUUUCUACUGUCAGUACUGUAACGCGACGUUCAAGCGGAAAGACAAGCUGAAGUACCACACCGACCACGUGCACGGCAUCAAGUCCCCCGACGACCCCCCGAGCGCUUCCGAGGAAAAGCUCGCGGCCUUGCCCGUGCAGUACGCGUCCGACGACAAGAUCUUUCAGGCGGACACGAAGCAGUACCUGGACCAGGCCAAAGCCUACCCGACGGAAGACAAGGCGAUGUUACCGGACGUGUCCGCCGAGGUGUGUGUGCCCGUCACGCUGGUUCCCGUGCAGAUGCCCGACGCCCCGAGCGAUCUGGGGCGGCACGGCGCCCCCCUCCCACCGCCCUCGCACGACAUCCUGUCGCCACAGCCGCCGCCCGCCGACUACCCCCGGGCAGCUGACUUAGCUUUUCUGGAGAAAUACACUCUGACUCCCCAGCCGGCAAAUAUCGUUCACCCCGUCCGCGCUGAGCAGAUGCUGGACCCUCGGGAACAGUCCUACCUCGGGACGCUGCUGGGCCUGGACGGCGCCGCGGCCGUGCAGGGCCUCUCGGAUGCCGAGCAUCACUCGUGAGGAAGGUCAGACGUUCCGCCGGCUGGUUGGACGCUCACGAGCCGGCCGCCGGGCGAGGAUGGCUUUCCCAUGAGCAGGCCUGCUAUUUCCUUCCUUUUCAAGUCCUCAGAGCCGUCGCAAAUCAAGAAAAAAAAGGUAUCUCUGUUUACUGAACACGUGAAUAUUUGGACACGUUUCGAGGUAUUUGAAGUGAACAUUUUUGUGAUUUUUAAAAGAUUAUUUAGCGCUAAUUUUAACGGAAUCUCAAACUUUUCAAAACGAUUAGCUGUUGACAUGAUGUCGUUUUGUUUUUUUGAAUCAUCAGUGGAAAUUUUAUUCUUCUCUAGUCUCAUUCCUCCUUUCUCCCUUCCCCAUCUUCCAAACGAGUUUAAGGACCACGGAGGCGUGAAGAAAGAAUUUAUGAGAGUUUACUGAUAAUCGCGGCCCUUCCUCAUCCGAACUAAGAUUCGUUAUUAUUUCCUCCAGGUUUCUGGAAAUGGGCAUCAGGAAUUUGAAUUUAUAAGGAAGUCUUGGGUAUUUCUGUGUUGCUUCUUAAUCUGGUUGUCUGGUCAUUUUAGGUUGUCAUUAUCCUUCGGUCUUUUGACAAACUCCAAGCCAGAAAGCUAACUGGUGUCAGAGGAGCGUGUGCAGUGAAAUGCAGAAUUGAAAUAAUUACCCAAAUUACUGGUUUUUGCCUAUGCUCUGCUUCAGUUAAUAUGAAUAAGAAAUGCAAAUGUAGAUCUAGGCAUUAAAUGACACAAUUGAUAAUGUGUAGAAAGCAAAACGUGAUGGUAUCGUUCAAGGUACGUUCACCUUCCGUAUUUGCCAUUUAUUUCACAUUAACAUAUCACAGCAUAUAUUUUCAUCUCACUAAUUAAUGAAAGGUAAUGAACAGGUUAUUGUGGUCUCGUUGACCUUGGCUAACUGAAACUCCAGGAAACAGAACCGAGAUAUUCCACACGUAGUUGUUAGAAAAGCUGCCAAAUUAUACCCUUGUGUGUCUAUCUAAACUCACUGUUGUUUAAUCACAGGGAACCACUGUGUGUAUACAAAUGGACAUGGAAUCCAGAUUUACCUCUGCUUUUCACAGAAGCCUAAAGUCUAAUUAUCCUUGAUUUUUAUUGUUGUCUGAGACACAAGUUGAGUACUUGGUGAAAGGAAAUGGCAGUUACAGGGACUCCUCACUGAUUGAAAUUAAUUGAGGAAACAGUCAGUGAAAUACUUUAAAGAUGUGCACUUUUCCUAUCUCCAGGUCAAUUUAAACGUCAGCUAGGAUACUGUUUCCUAGUAGAGCUGCUGGGAGGAUCAGAACAGGCAGGUUUGAUCUUCCUUAGCACGUCAUUUUUUGUAAACUAGUGGAAAAUAGCAAUGUUAAGCAUUUGCUAUUUCCCUUCCGUUUACACUCCCUAAUUGCUUUAAGCACUUUUUUUUAAAUGUAAACUGUAAUGUCUGGCCCAGCCCUUGUGAAAAAAAAAAUCACAAAUAAAAUAAUGACGUUUUAAUAAAAUUUAGCCACUUAAUGGGGACAUGUGUUGCUGAAGCACUUAAGAAAGGAAGGUACUUGACAGUUUGUCGUACUCGUGGGAAUAGGAGAAAAAGUGUUGAGGAUUGAGGCACUUGACCCAAGUAGCUCUUGUAAAUAAGAAAACCAACCUGAGUUUUGCCUCAGUUGUGAAGAUUUGGUUAUAAUCAUUCUAGGACCAGUAGAUAUAAUUAAUGCAUUAUUUCUCCUUUUCGACACAUUCUUUUGUGUGGAAAUGAUCAUCUAUCUGGGUACUUACAUGACUGAACUUGACAAGAUGAGGUACUGUUAGUCGGUUAGUCUUUCAGAUCGACUUUGAGAAAUACGUAUCCUUACGAUCUACACUAAUAAAAGAGAAAGAUGCAAAUUGACCGCACCUUCGCGACGCCCACCAGCCAAUCAGGAGUGAGUAUGCAAAUUAACCCAACAAAGAUGGAGGGUUAAUUUGCAUACGCAAGCGCCGAGCGGCCGGGGGCGGGGCGGGAUGCUUGUGUCGUUGCCAUGCGCUGCCCCAGCCGCUCCAGGCCUCUGGGCAGCGUGGGAAGGCGGAAAGGCGGCUCCGGGCCAGAGCGAAGGCGGUGCCGGCGGCCAGGGGAAGGAAGGCCCAUUCUUGCACGAAUCUUCGUGCAUCGGGCCUCUAGUUUUUAACAUAAAGCACAACACGGCUUUGAACUAAAAAAGUUCCUCUUUUGAAAAGAAAUCAUACCUAGCAGUGUACCCUGCCUCGCCUAAUAGCCAUGUGGAAGACUUGGGGCUUGCAUAAAGGCAGAUGGUCUAGACGUGUGUGUGUAUGCGGUGUAUUCUGUUUGGUAGCAGGACAAAAGGGUGUUGCAUUUUUCACAUUGAAAAGAAUACUUUGUUUUUCAAAGGUAUUCACUUUAGGGUCCUUUUAAUAAUCUCCUCAUGGUUUUAAAUACAUGCUUUGAUGGUAGGAAUUGGUGUACAGUAGGCAACUUUUCUGGAACGCAUCUUUUCUGUAAAAUGAAAUGCAAAUCUAUUUAGUUAUCGUAGGUCACUACCCUUGAAUAGAGGUUUAUAAAUUGCUUUCGCAAGUUAUCUCAUGUCUCAACUUCAGAGCGAGCUCUGAGGGAGAGUUGGAGGUGCUGUCUUCCCAGUUUUCGGAGAGAGAGUCCGAGGCGGAGGAUGCAGUUAAGCCCCCAUCGUUGAUGAGUGGGCAGGUACCAGUUUCUAGAGAAGGACACAUGGCAUCCGUCGUGCCUCCCAGGUGCCAGGCACUGCGUCUUCUCACAUCACCUUCAACAGGCUGGGCGGGGAAGGGUGACUCUGAUGGAGAGAGAGCGUCUCAGCGGAGGAACAAGCAAUCAAUCACAAUCUGCUGCCUCUUAAUUUCCAGAUUGGAGUCUAAGCAACGUUAAAUUGGUGAAAACCUCAUAGAUUUGGGCAAACUGAAUGUAUAUAGUUCUUAAAGUUGGCACAAGAAAUAUGAAAUGAGGCCUACUCUUUUCAUUUUAACCUUUUGUACUAUUUGGGAGUUUUGGGGACAAAUGCCCCAUGAACUCUAAAAUACCUUACUUCUGUACCUGUACUUAAAUUCUGAAUUUUGCAACUAAGCUUAGCCUCAUUCAGAAUUUUUUUAUUUUAUGAGCAUAAUUUAUUGUUUUAAAUUAAUGUUUUAGCUGAUAGCAGUUAGCACUUAAUAUGUAAGUGGAAUAAUUUAUUAAAGGGUAGAGAUUUGUUAACCUGAUCGGUUUUUACUUAAAUGCACCAAAGACUUUAGUAGGUAUUACAGUAGUUCAAAAGAAUUUAAAUUCUUUGUUGUUCGAAUAAAUAUUUGUCCAAAGAAGCACAGUUGAAGUCCUAGGCUUAUGGAUUUUAAAAAAAAUUGUUAGUUCGAAUACUAAGAUUAAGUGUUUGUGUUUAUAUGUAUAAAAAUAAGAACAGAAGAAAGUGCUCUGGGAAUAGUCAUACUGACAAAUGAAUUACAAGUAAGAACGCUGUUUUUCUCAGUUUAAUUCAUAGAAUGUUAUCUUAAGUGAAUCACUAUUAAAUGCAUAACAAUAAGCUUAUUUUUUACACUACACUAUUAAAAUCAUUUGCCUUAGAUUUUUUUUCUUUAAGACAAGUUGAAGUUAUUUUUGUAUGAAACACUCCACCUAUUUUUUUUGCAGUCUAAAAUACCCUUUAAGAUUAGGGUUUGCUCUUCAUCCAGCAAGAUUUAACCAACUGAUCUUGGCAUCCUUUUUAGUAAUUUAGUCAUUUAUUGCCAGGAGGAGGAGGAGUAGGGUUUAAACUGGUGCUUUACCCAGUAACUUCCUCUCGAGUCACGUUAGGUACACUAACAAUGUCCUGUCGACCUUUUGAAAGUGUCACAACAUCCUAGCGGAGUAACUGCAAACUGUUUGUUAGUUCAGGGCCAGUAAAACAAUCACGCAUUGCUUGUCAUUCUACGGUUGCAAACAGAUUCAAGACACAGCUAGACUGCUAAUGUUGGCAGGUUUGCGUUUUCCUCCUUCCAGAUCAUUCGACCGGGCCCUGGGGGCAAGUCAGACUCGGGGCACUAGCUCUUUGACCGUCCGGUCUGGCUUGAAUGCUGCGUGCCUUUUCCCGGCGUUGUAGUUGCUCCGCGUGGCUUCCGCCGGCCAGCGCGUGCUGGCCGAUGGAGGGUUUUCAUUUGGUGGUUGUUCUGGGCCUGACGUUUGUGUGGCCUGCUGGUCAGGCAGCACUUCAUGGUAUGUUUUUUAGGUUGCUUUAUCUUUAUGUAAGGAAACAGGCACUAGCGUACUUGUGUGAAUGUUUGAUGUUUUGUGUUUUUUUUUUAAUGUCUAUUUUGGCUUUAUAGUCACUGCAAUGACACUCCCAGGCCUGGCUCUAUACGCUUCUUAGAGGAAUCGAACAAAUAAAAUAAAAUGAGUUGUGUCUGUCUGUCUGUCUCCUCCUCCCCCCACCCCCCUCCCCCAAGUUUUUUAACAAGAAUCAGUCACCAUAACCACACAGCUCUAGACUGAACGGCUUCUGAUUUCAGUUUGCCUGAAACUGGACAGGAAGAGGGGAUGGCUUGAGGUGAGUCUCCCCUUAGGAGCAGGAACAACCCAGCCAACAUACAACUCGAGUGUGUCCACUCGGGAAGAGUGAGGACUUUUGAGAGUCGCGUUUGGAUUACUGGAAGAUUCAGUGCCAAAUUGAACAUGGUGAGAAUGUGCAAGAAGCAAGUGGCAGCUCUAAAACUUGAAAUAGGGUAAUGGGCAAGUGUUACUUGCUGUUAGAGCGAAUGAUGGGUCAUGUGAGAAUAGUUUCCUAACCAGUUUAGAAAAUUAGACAGUUCUUCCUUAGAUCCUUCACUUGCUUUUGCCAAGUCUCUUGGUCAAGUCUGCAGCGGUUUCUUGAGGGGGAUCGGCCUCUUCAUUUCCUUCCAAACUAUUUCUACUGAACGGUCCUCUUAUGCUGGAAUUUUAGCAUGCUCUCUGCACUUCGGAAGUAGCCUCGAGAAGACGGAAGUAAUAGGAUUAGCUUGUAGGGUAGAUGAGAGAUUUUGGGAGAGACAAAGCUUAUGUUUUGUUUACUCUUCAUACGUCAACUUGCUGUGUAUUGAUUGAUCUUAAGUCUAUGACUAUUGGAAAAUUCCCAAAGAACCUACAUUUUAGCCUCUGUAGCCAUUAUAUAAACAGAAACGAAGACUCUAUUCACGGAAUAGAGGUUAUACAGAGAUGGACAUACCUCCUUUUUUUUUUUUCUUCCUCCAAAUUCUUAAGUAAAGAAGUAUUUUCAGUGCUUGCAUUACGUUUGGAAAUGCCAAAACAUUUCUUGAAUAAAGAGCAUGUGCACUUCUCA